UAAUACUGUGAAACAUUUUUUUUAUUUAUUGAUAAUUACUUAAAUAUUUUAUUAACGACUAGUGUAACAGUUGCACGAUGAAUUUGUCUUUUGCGGGAUGCGGCUUCCUGGGUAUUUACCAUGUUGGUGUCGCUGUGUGUUUCCGCAAAUAUGCUCCUCAUCUUCUGCUGGACAAGAUCAGUGGAGCAUCGGCUGGUGCCAUCGCGGCGUGCUGUCUCCUAUGCGAUAUGCCAUUGGGUGAAAUGACCAGUGAUGUUUUACGUGUCGUAAACGAAGCUAGGAAACGUUCUUUGGGACCUUUGAGUCCUUCAUUCAAUAUACAAAAUGUCCUUUUGGAAGGAUUACAAAAAUUCUUACCCGAAGAUGCUCAUUUGAGGGUCAAUGGAAAACUGCAUAUUUCCCUCACAAGGGUAUACGACGGAAAAAAUGUUAUAGUAUCGCAAUUUAAUAGCCGAGAAGAUUUAUUACAGGCAUUACUUGCAUCUUGUUUUAUUCCUGUCUUUUCUGGAUUGCUUCCUCCACGUUUUCAUGGAAUCAGAUAUAUGGACGGAGGAUUUAGUGAUAAUUUGCCAACUAUUGAUGAGAAUACUGUUACAGUUAGCCCAUUUUGUGGUGAAUCUGAUAUUUGUCCGAGGGAUGAAAGUUCGCAGUUAUUCCAUGUGAACUUUGCAAAUACCAGCAUAGAGUUAUCAAGGCAAAACAUUAACAGAUUUGCGAGAAUUCUGUUCCCUCCUAAACCAGAAGUUUUGUCAAACAUGUGCAAACAAGGAUUUGAUGAUGCCUUAAGGUUUUUACAUCGAAACAAUAUGAUCAACUGCACGCGCUGUUUAGCCGUUCAAUCUACUUUUAUAGUUUCUGACACUUUAGACGAAAGUAUCGACUAUGAUCCACAAUGUUUGGAAUGUAAAAAUCAUAGACAGGAGGCCCUCGUAGCAAAUCUUCCAGAAACGGUUUUAACAGUAUUCCAAAAUGCCAUUGAUAGUGCAAAUAAAGGAUUAGUUAAUUGGAUGUUCAGACACAGAGGAAUGAAACUCUUAACAGUGUUAAGCAUACCUUAUACUCUGCCAGCAGAUAUAGUUUAUGCCACAUUGACAAACCUUGUGGGCGACGUUGUUGAAACUCGUUCACUACAAUAUAAAGUGCUGGGAAACUCUAUGAUCCACCGCCAAAUUAAUAGAUGUUCAGUCCACUAUAACCAAAGGUUUAGGUUAAUGUCCUCGGUGCCGUCAGUAAGUAACCAAUUGUGGGAUCUCAGUAAAAUAAUAAUUGAACGACUUAAUCUACUUCUUCAUACUAUGAAUAACAAGACUCAAAAAUUAACCGCUAAUUUAACAUGGCAAAUGGUGUUAUCGGAUUUCCAUAAAAUGUCGUAUUCUCGUACUCCAUUUGAUAUCGAAGCCGCCAAUGCUGUUGCUGCGCCUAAAAACGCCCUUCUUGAUGUCACUUAUUACUCAAACAAUAAUGAAGUGCUGACUACUCGCUCAUUGCAUCCGCAAUCAAUCUCUUCUGAUAAUGAUACCUUCGAACAAAUUCUGGAGGUAACAAAGUGCCACGACGCAGUAAUGGCAUAUUACUACAUGGAUGACAAUAAUAAAAUCCAGGUAACUGAAAUCUUCGACGUGACUGAUUCGGAUUCGCCUGCUUUACAAUCGCCAGUUGAAUGUGAGGCCAAUAACCAAUUGCAGUUUGAUAGCGAGUGCGAUAAUACAGAAUUGACGGGAGAUGACAAUGAUUCUCUCUUAGCUAUCGAAUACGCUAAAGAAGGCUUCGAGUUCGAUUUAUCCGAUGCGUCAGGAGACGACUUGGACGAUUUGCCCACUAGCAUAUUCAGUGAUCCUGAAAGUGAAUGGUCUGCAGAUCAGUCUAAUGAGAUUGAUUAUUCACUACAUAAAUCUGAUUUAAGACCAGAAAGCGAGCAAUCAAAUAAAAGAAAAGAAGCACAAAGAAGGAGUUACUAUAGUACAGUUAUGGAGGUGUAAAAAAAUAUUGUUCAGUUAAUUUGCUGUGUUAAAAUUAUCUCCAAGAAACUAUACAUAAACAGCAGUAUGUAAGAUCUCAUUUGAGCUGAGCUUGUGAUAGCUGAAUACUGAUGUGCCACUUGUAUUAAUUCUUCGUGAAAGCAAUUUGUAUUUUUUCCACUUCGAACAUAAAUUCACGGUUCAUGUAAAUAUGGUUGUAAAGUGUACAAAAUGAAGCAAGUGAAUGAUAAAAACUCUUAUGUUAGUAUUUUUAAAAUCAUCCAACGAUCAUGCCAUUUGAAAACAGUGAUAAUUUUUGUACCAUUCCACAGUGAUAUUUUUUAUAUUAUCGUA